AUGAGAAAAAUUCAAAAGGUUGUCGAUGAAUCUCUUAAAGCUUUAGAUUUAAAUGUAGAUAAUAAUACUAUUAAUGAAGUAAUAAGUAUUAUAUUAGAAAAUCUUUACGAGAAAACUGAUGCCAAACUGAUUAAAGAAGAACUGUUCUCAGCUAUAAAUACUCUAACGAACUUAACUUUAGGAGACAUUUUUGACUUGGUUAACACUAUAGUGGAGAGUGUUAAGUAUAUUGAAGACAAAUUAGAUUACAAUGAUCAUAGAACAAUGACUGUUAACAGUUUUGGGUCAAGCGCUUUCUCAGGAACUCUUACUAUCUUUGCGUCUGAACAAGAGUUGAGUAAUCCAGCAAAACAAGGCAAAUCUAUCGUUAAUUUUAAUGAAGUUCCAAAACUUAGCUCCUAUGAAAUAACUUACGUCAAUAAAAUAGUCGAGACUAUUAAUCUGUGGCUGGAUACCUUACCGAAGGAAUUUAAAUCUGACGAGAAGAGAGAAGAAAAUAUUAAAUACUUAGCCAGAGAAAUUUAUGACGAAAUUAGACUUGAUGAUGGAGGUGAUGAAAUUGAGAGAAAUAUGUUCAAGGCGUUUAUUAUUCGUAAAUGGUUAAAUAGGUUUGAUUUCUUUGAAAGACCACAUGAAGCAAAAUCGUACAUUGAAUAUUUAGUUCAUGAUAUAAACGAUAUACCUAAAGUGUAUUUAAAUGAACCGAAAAAGGGAAAGAUAGUUAUAUGUUGUGGAUCGAAAAUCGAACCCGAAAGUGCAAUGAAAAAUCUUAUUUUAAAGUACAUUGAAUACAAUGAUGAAGAAGACAGCUCGGAUACUCGAGGUAUUUUCGCGACAUUACUAAAGUCGGAACUCCCAAAUUUAUGUAUUCCAUCAAGAAAAGAAGUUUAUGAUAGUUUAGAAAGAAACUUGCAGACCCCAACAUUUAAGAAAUUGGAUAAAGAAUUGUUUUAUAUUAUGCUUAUAACAGAUUGCAUCCAAGAUGUUCCCUUAAGCGACUCUUUUACAAAUAAAAGGCGCGAUGAACUUGUGACUGAGCUUGCCGAGCAUAUUUAUCUGGUAGAAGAAAGUCUAAUUGAAGAUACUGUAGAAAAUUUAGUUAACAACUUUGUAAGUGAACUGCCGAUUUCUAUUUUACCAGAUUACAAAGAGAAUUUCGACGUUAUUGUAGAGGAGAUUCUAUAUAAAAUUAAGAAUACUACACAAACACGUUCUUGCUGUAACUUUGCAGAAUCAGAACAAGUAAAUUCAGCUGUUAAUGCUACAAAUUUGGGUGAUUAUAUAGAAUCAUUUAUACGUGACAAUUAUGAAACAUUAACAGAAAAUGAACUCGUUUUAGAAGUGUGUUCAUUCCGAUUAUUAAAAGAAGUAAAUGAUUUGAUAGUUGAAGAUCCAGCCGCAUUUAAUACCACAGAAGUUUAUAAAAGACUAGGAGAUGAUUCUUUGAUUCCUGAUCAAGAACGCCGCUUUAGCACUGAAUUAAAAUAUGCUAGAGAAGUGUCUGACUGGUUACAUAAUUUGCCGUUAUUGCCUGUAAUAAAUGAGGAAGAUUCCGCGACUAGAAACAGAAAAAUAAUUGAAUUAUUACAUAAAUUGCAAGAGUACAGUAAUUUAUUAAAACAAGAGCCUAAUGAUACAACUAUAAAAACAAAUUUCUCAAACUAUUUGGAGAGAUGGUUAACAAACUUCUCUUUAGACUCUCGAAAGGAUAUUAAAAUGCCCUUGGUUAUUCAACAAUUGCUAAAUAGAGUAGAAAGAAUAAAUAAGAAUGAGAGAGAGAUGCUAAAGCAAGCAAAUAUAGUUUGCAAAGCACCCGUACCAUGCUGUAGUCACGGUAAAAGUAAGGAAAAGAAACCAGAUCCGGCAAGAGUUAUUGUUGAAUCGAUUGAAAAAUGGUGUAGAGAUUUACCAAUUGACGGCGAAACGGAAGAUGUUAAUAUUAUCAAAGAUACUGUAACCACAAAGCUAUAUCAGAAACUAGGAGAUAUAAAUAAUAGUUCUAUGCAUAACGACGAAACGUAUCGAGAUGCUUUAGGACAUGAAAUAGAUAGCUUGAUAGAUACUCUACCGGAAAGCGACAAUCUAUUAAAUAAAAAGAGCUUCUUGAAAAACAAAUUGUUACAAAUAAUUAUGGAUAACAAGAAACUAUUGAAUCAAAAGCUAUCAGGCAGUCAAUACAAACAACGGCUUGAAAAUAAAAUAGCUAUGUCCCUCUCAAAUCCACUGACCCAGUCACAAUCAGAAGAUCCAGAAUUUGAGAUAUAUAAAGAUCUCUUAGCAACAAUGUUUAUUCUUGACAACUUUGAUUACAGCAAUAAUAAUAAAUUAAAAUAUGAAAAACAAAUUCGUGAAAAAAUCGAUAAAUACCACCAGAGUGCCUUAAGACGAAACCCAAUGUCUAUGGCCAAAGAACAACUGUUUGUUGAAUUAUAUAGCGCCUUGUUUCAAGUUCCAGUCCCCAGUGAUGACUCCGUAUCUGAAGAAGUAGAAGAAAUAAAGACUCGAUGUGAAAUAGAAAUAUGGUUCGAUAAAAUGCCGUUAACAGAAGCUAAGAACGCGGCUGAAGCACUCCAACGACAUAAGAUAAUUUCUAUGUUAGCGAAAAGAUUGCAUCAGAUAGAGAAUAGUGAAGCAAGCCCAGACGAGAAAAUGCAGAAGGAAAUAUUGAAGUGGCUGCGAAAGUUACCAUUACUCCCCGGAAAGGAGGCUUUCAUCGACCAAUAUGCCAGCGAAUUGCGAGGAAAAUUGAAAUCGACAUUUGUCACAAGGAAGUGUGUCUCUCACGUAAACAUUACGAAGCUUAUAGAGAAAGUUAACUCUCGAACACUUAUUCCUCAUCACGAAGGUCAAACUCAAACUCCACUGCCUAAUUGUUGUCAAGUACGUCCGCCAGAUACACAGAAAGCAACCGAUAAAAUUAUUGACAUUGUUGAAGAUUGGUGCAGAGAUUUAUCUAUUCCCGCCAGAACUCAGAAUGAAAUAGACAAAGCAAAAGCGUUUAAAGAUAAUAUGGUAAUCAAAAUUAUUAUGAAAAUUAGCCAACUUAACAUGAAUCCAGAAUUAUUUAAUGAUGAUAAUAAUUAUAGCAACGCACUUGAUGAAGAACUAGACAAUCUAUUAACAACCCUCCCAACGUGCUGUGAUAUUGUUAAAAACAAAGAGAGUAAAAAGAAAGAAUUGAUAGAUGCAAUUAAUGCAAUAAAACCUUUGAUUGUUGAAGAAAAUUCACGCUAUAAAUAUAAACAUGAACUCAAAAAUGUAGUGAAUAAUGUUUUGGAGAAUUCAAAUAGCCAAGACUCAAAAUCGGAAAUAGUGAAUGAUAUAGUUGAUAACUUUAUAAUUUUUCACUAUUAUAAGGAUGAUAUAGAUGGAAAACAAACGUACAAGAUAAUGAUCACUGAGGAUGUCAAGAAAUGUAUGGCUGGAACUAAUGAGUGUGUGUUCAAGAGUAAUAAACUUAUUUGUGAAUUAUCAAAAGUUCCCGAUCCAGGGGAUAAAAUUAUCGCUGACGAAAUUGAAGAAAUACGAAUGAAGUCUGAAGUAAAAAAUUUUCUAAAUGAACUACCCAUUCGUGAAGAAAAGGAACCAUUAAAGACUCAAAUUAAAGCACAAUUAGCCAGGCGAUUAAGUGACUUGGAAAAAUCUGGCCACACCAACGAAGUAGAACAAAAAAUGAAGGAGGAAAUCAAAAAAUGCCUUAAGAAAAUAGACGAAAGUGUUGAUGCAUUACAAAUAGAUACAUUUAUUGAGAAGCUUAGAAACAACGAAGCAGAACGUAAAUCACAUUCAAUUGCUGGAUUCACAACCCCACCGGUGUACACAAAUGAGAAUAAGAUAAAUGACAAUCGGUCUUUAGUACCAACAUCACGCACUGAUGAAACCAGUAACAAAACACUACCUCAGUUUAGUAAUACCGUAGGCAGGCACUCACGUUUAGAUCAAGAUGAGGAAACGCAAAGCUAUAUGUCGGAAUUUGAAGUGGGGAUUCAGGUGGAGUCUACGCCUAACGAAAAUGUGAACUGUGAAGUAUUUGGUAGAAGUACAUACUCAAGACGACCAAAAGGAACACAGAAUGGAAAUCAAGUGAAAAAAAAUAAUCGUACUACUAAAAAAGAAGCUCUCAAACCAAUAGAAGAAUACAAUAGAUACCAAAUUUCUAGUGACAGAAUACCAGAUUGCAAUUAUGAAAGGCAAAUGAUUGAAAUGAAACCGUGUAAAAGAGUGCAGAAGUCAGAGUCGUGUCUUAAAAAGCUUGAGCUGAUUUGCGAAUGCAACAAACAAAAUUUUGAAUGUGGUUGCCGACAUAGAAAAAAAUAA